CAAUUAAUUAGAUCUACUUCACAUAUUUUGACCAUGGCAACUUCCUCCAGCUUACUCUCAACGGAUGUAAGAAGGCUAGAAGGGAAGGUUGCCAUCAUUACCGGAGGUGCUAGAGGCAUGGGUGCGUGCGCUGCUAGAAUCUUUUGCAAACAUGGAGCUAAAGUGCUGAUCGCCGACAUCCAAGAUGAUUUAGCCAAAUCUGUCUGCAAUGAAUUGGGGCCUGAAUCUGCUUUCUUCGUUCAUUGUGAUGUCGCAAAGGAAGAAGAUGUCGAAAAUGCCGUGGACACCGCCAUCUCCCACUUCGGAAAGCUCGAUAUUAUGUUCAACAAUGCCGGUAUCAUUGGACCCAUUUUCAGACCUGGCAUUCAAGAUAGUAGUGUCUCUGAAUUCCAACAGGUUCUUAAUGUGAACCUCGUGGGAGCUUUUUUGGGGACCAAGCAUGCAGCGCGGGUGAUGAUUCCUGCUGGUCGAGGCAGCAUAAUCAACACCGCCAGCAUCGCUUCCACAUUUGGCGGAGCUGCCUCGUACGCUUACACAAGUUCAAAGCAUGGUGUGCUUGGGUUGACGAGGAACGCUGCAGUGGAGUUGGGACAAUAUGGCAUUCGGGUGAACUGCGUGUCACCAUAUAUGGUGGUCUAUGAUGAGGUGACAAGGAAUAUGCUCAAGAAGCCUGGAGUUGCUAAUCUUAAAGGAGAGAUUCUGGAGCCAGAGGAUGUGGUAGCGAUGGCUCUUUUCUUGGCAAGUGAUGAGUCCAAGUAUGUAAGCGGGCAAAAUAUGAUUCUCGAUGGAGGCUUUACUGUUACAAAUUCAGGUUUCUCCAUUUUUAACCUGAAUUUAACCUGAAUAGAAAUCCUACAGUUGACAAAUAAUCUAAUCAUUUUGUGGUGAACCUAUAUAAGUGUUUUUGCUCUUCCUACAAGAGCUGACCAAUAUGUUUGGGGUUUUAUUUACUAUAGUUGAGUGAAUGUGUGUGUUACUUUUUCUUUUUUUUGAAUAGGGAAAAAUUUGUAGGGGAAGGAAAGUAGGAUCUAAGAUUUGAAUUCAGGUCAUUAUGUCCACCACACCCAUUUAAGAGAGUGGCCAUUAGGUCACUAAGGGUUGGACGAAUAUGUGUGUUACUUAAAUUGUUAUAAAAAAAUAAAUUUUAA